ACUGCGUUCUUACCAUGUGUUACAUAAUAUAUGGUUUUUGUAGUUAUGGCUAUUGGCUGUUCAAUUUGUUCAAAUCACAUCAAAUCGAUGGUUCAAAUUGUCGGUACAAAUGUAGCUGUAUGUAAGUGGCAGUAGGAGCUGGAGACAGGAGAACUGAAAACGGUCCGAGUACUCAUAGUAGAUACCCAUACUCGCAUAAUAACAUGGAGCAGGAGCUGUGCGGCGAGAGGCGCCUCCACGCCGCCACAGUGCAGGUUUGCAUGACAUGCCUGGACACUGACAGCCAAAUGUUUUCAGUGAGCGAAUGCAAGUUGGAACAAGCGUAUGAGCACUUGACUGGUUAUCCUUUGUUUGACGUAGGCAACCUACAACACUCACUUUGCGCUGAAUGUGCUCAGAGAUUGACAAACUUUGACAAAUUCAGAGACAGGAGCUUGAGAGCUCGUGCGCUGAUGAUGGACUUGGUGAAACAACAUGAAGUGAUAACGAGACAGCACAUCGCUGCAUUGCGCCCGCUGGACCACAGCAUGCAGGCCUCUGUAGAGACGGCCUGGGACAGCGCAGACGUGGCCUCGGUGAAGACGGAGCCCGACCUGCGCGCGGACUGGGACAGCGCAGACGCGCAAGCCUCGGACAGCGAAGACGCGCAGGCCUCGGUGAAGUGCGAAGGCAGUGCCAGCAUGCUGCGGGACGCCAAGCUGCUGGACGAGGCUCUGUGCAGAGUGCUGCUGACGAGAAUGUCGCGUGUGGAAGAGCGCGCGCUGGCGACGCGGGAUCUGCUGAAGUGCGAGAAUGUGACGCUGCAGUGUACGGAGUGCGGCGAGGAGUUCUCCCGCGAGCGCGAGUACAACGAGCACGCGCACUCGAGACAUCGCACGACUCGCGCGAGUGAAGGCUGCUCAGCUACCGACGUAUUGGCCGCGAGACUUGCGAGCACUGACGACGAAAGAGAGCACCCUGACAAUACCGAACAGGCUGAAGCAAUCGACAAAUGUGAACAAGUGUUUGGGAUUGAUAAUGACGAAGCAGACAAACCGAGCCAAAAAUACAAUGAGCCUACGCAGUGCAUAAAAUCACCAUUAAACAUUUGCAGUUUUUCUGAUUUGGUCAGUAAAAAUAACGAUACUGACUCUGGUGAGACAGAAAGCCAAGAUGAACUCCCUAUAUCAGAAACCAAUGAAUCAGUCACCUCACAUAUUAUUACUGUAGACAAAGUUUCUUUGAACAAUGACAAUGAUGUGGGAAAUAUAGUAACAAUGGAAACUACGGAACUUUCAUAUUCAGCAAAACAUGUAGAGGAAACAAGCAACUAUAUAUGUGACGUUUGCCAACAUAGGUUUAAAUGUAAAAAUCUCCUAGUGAAACACAUUAUGGCUCACAGUAUAGAAGAACCGUUUGUUUGUGAGUUAUGUCAGUACAAAUUUAGUCAGAACAGUGACUUAGUGCAGCACAUGAGAACUCACACUGGUGACAAACCCUUUGUUUGUAAUCUAUGCCAUUAUAAAUUUGCAAGGAAAAGUGAUUUAGUGAGACACAUGAGAACUCAUACUGGUGAAAAACCAUUUGUUUGUAAGCUAUGUCAUUAUAAAUUUGCACAGAAUAGUAAUUUAGUGCAGCACAUGAGAACACAUACUGGUGAAAAACCAUUUGUUUGUAAGCUAUGCCAUUAUAAAUUUGCACAGAAUAGUAAUUUAGUGAAGCACAUGAGAACACAUACUGGAGAUAAACCCUUUAGUUGUGAGUUGUGCCAGUACAAAUGUAGUACAAAAUCAGCUUUAGUGCAGCACAUGAGAAUUCAUACUGGUAAUAAAUCCUUUGUUUGUGAGUUGUGCCAGUAUAAAUGUAUGCAGAAUAGUACUUUAGUGCAACACAUGAGAACACAUACUGGUGAAAAACCAUUUGUUUGUAAGCUAUGUCAUUAUAAAUUUGCACAGAAUAGUAAUUUAGUGAAGCACAUGAGAACACAUACUGGAGAUAAACCCUUUAGUUGUGAGUUGUGCCAGUACAAAUGUAGUAGAAAAUCAGCUUUAGUGCAGCACAUGAGAAUUCAUACUGGUAAUAAAUCUUUUGUUUGUGAGUUGUGCCAGUAUAAAUGUAUGCAGAAUAGUACUUUAGUGCAACACAUGAGAACACAUACUGGUGAAAAACCAUUUGUUUGUAAGCUAUGUCAUUAUAAAUUUGCACAGAAUAGUAAUUUAAUGCAGCACAUGAGAACACAUACUGGAGAUAAACCCUUUAGUUGUGAGUUGUGCCAGUACAAAUGUAGUACAAAAUCAGCUUUAGUGCAGCACAUGAGAACACAUACUGGAGAUAAACCCUUUAGUUGUGAGUUGUGCCAGUACAAAUGUAGUACAAAAUCAGCUUUAGUGCAGCACAUGAGAACACAUACUGGAGAUAAACCCUUUAGUUGUGAGUUGUGCCAGUACAAAUGUAGUACAAAAUCAGCUUUAGUGCAGCACAUGAGAACACAUACUGGAGAUAAACCCUUUAGUUGUGAGUUGUGCCAGUACAAAUGUAGUAGAAAAUCAGCUUUAGUGCAGCACAUGAGAAUUCAUACUGGUAAUAAAUCUUUUGUUUGUGAGUUGUGCCAGUAUAAAUGUAUGCAGAAUAGUACUUUAGUGCAACACAUGAGAACACAUACUGGUGAAAAACCAUUUGUUUGUAAGCUAUGUCAUUAUAAAUUUGCACAGAAUAGUAAUUUAAUGCAGCACAUGAGAACACAUACUGGAGAUAAACCCUUUAGUUGUGAGUUGUGCCAGUACAAAUGUAGUACAAAAUCAGCUUUAGUGCAGCACAUGAGAAUUCAUACUGGUGAAAAACCGUUUGUUUGUGAGUUGUGCCAUUAUAAAUGUACAGAUAGCAGUAGUUUAGUGUGGCACGUGAGAACUCAUACUGGUGAGAAACCCUAUGCUUGUGAGUUAUGCCAGUACAGAUGUAGUCAGAGCAGUAAUUUAGUGAGACACCUGCGAACACAUACAGCUGAGAAACGCUUUGCUUGUGAGUUAUGCGAGUACAAAUGUGCACAGAAUAUUCAUUUAGUGCAGCACAUGAGAACACAUACUGGUGAGAAACCCUUUAGUCGUGAGUUGUGCCAAUAUAAAUGCAGUCGGAAAAGUGUUUUAGUGCAGCACAUGAAAACACAUACUGGAGAGAAACGCUUUGCUUGUGAGUUAUGCGAGUAUAAAAGUGUGCAGAAUAGUGGUUUAGUGCAGCACAUGAGAACACAUACUGGUGAAAAACCCUUUAGUUGUGAGUUAUGCCAGUACAAAUGUAGUCAGAACAGAGAUUUAUUGCAGCACAUGAGAACACAUACUGGUGAGAAACCCUUUAGUUGUGAGUUGUGCCAGUAUAAAUGCAGUCGGAAAAGUGUUUUAGUGCGGCACAUGAGAACACAUACUGGUGAGAAACCCUUUAGUUGUGAGUUGUGCCAAUAUAAAUGCAGUUGGAAAAGUGUUUUAGUGCAGCACAUGAAAACACAUACUGGAGAGAAACGCUUUGCUUGUGAGUUAUGCGAGUAUAAAAGUGUGCAGAAUAGUGGUUUAGUGCAGCACAUGAGAACACAUACUGGUGAAAAACCCUUUAGUUGUGAGUUAUGCCAGUACAAAUGUAGUCAGAACAGUCUUUUAGUGCGGCACAUCAAAACACAUACUGGUGAGAAACCCUUUAGUUGUGAGUUGUGCCAGUACAAAUGUAGUCAGAACAGUCUUUUAGUGCGGCACAUGAGAACACAUACUGGUGAGAAACCCUUUAGUUGUGAAAUGUGCCAAUAUAAAUGCAGUCGGAAAAGUGUUUUAGUGCAGCACAUGAAAAUACAUACUGGAGAGAAACGCUUUGCUUGUGAGUUAUGCGAGUAUAAAUGUGCACAGAAUAUUCAUUUAGUGCAGCACAUGAGAACACAUACUGAUGAAAAACCCUUUAGUUGUGAGUUGUGCCACUACAAAUGUAGUCAGAACAGUGAUUUAGUGAGGCACAGAAGAACACACACUGGUGAGAAACGCUUUGUUUGUAAGCUAUGCCAUUAUAGAUGUGCGCGCAAUAGUACUUUAGUGAAGCACAUGAGAACACAUACUGGUGACAAACCCUUUGCUUGUGAGUUAUGCCAGUACAAAUGUAGUCAGAACUGUAACUUAUUGCAGCACAUGAGAACUCACACAGGUGAAAAACCCUUUGUUUGUAAGUUAUGCCAUUAUAAAUGUGCGCGGAAUACUCAUUUAGUGCAACACAUGAAAACACAUACGGGUGAGAAACUCUUCCAUUGUGAGUUGUGCCAGUUCAAAUGUAGUCAAAACAGUGAUUUAGUACAACACAUAAGAACUCAUACUGGUGAAAAACCCUUUGCUUGUAAGCUUUGCCAGUACAAAUGUAGUCGGAAAAGUAUUUUAGUGCAGCAUGUAAGAACCCACACUGGUGAAAAACCCUUUGCUUGCAAGCUAUGCCAUUAUAAAUGUGCGCAGAAUAGUAGUUUAGUGCAGCACAUGAGAACACAUACUGGUGAGAAACCUUUUGUAUGUGAGUUCUGCUCGUACAAAUGUGCCGCUAAGAGUAGUUUAUUGAAACACAUGAGAAGUCACACUCAUGUAGUGAAGUCGGAGCUUCUGGAGCUCUGUCCGAGCCCCUGCCACGCGCCGAGGCAUUACAACUGUACACUGAACAACUCGAUAGACCGAGCUGUGCUGACCGGGUACAAUCCUGCUCAGGUUUGCAUGACAUGCCUGGACACUGACAGCCAAAUGUUUUCAGUGAGCGAAUGCAAGUUGGAACAAGCGUAUGAGCACUUGACUGGUUAUCCUUUGUUUGACGUAGGCAACCUACAACACUCACUUUGCGCUGAAUGUGCUCAGAGAUUGACAAACUUUGACAAAUUCAGAGACAGGAGCUUGAGAGCUCGUGCGCUGAUGAUGGACUUGGUGAAACAACAUGAAGUGAUAACGAGACAGCACAUCGCUGCAUUGCGCCCGCUGGACCACAGCAUGCAGGCCUCUGUAGAGACGGCCUGGGACAGCGCAGACGUGGCCUCGGUGAAGACGGAGCCCGACCUGUGCACGGACUGGGACAGCGCAGACGUGGCCUCGGUGAAGACGGAGCCCGACCUGCGCGCGGACUGGGACAGCGCAGACGCGCAAGCCUCGGACAGCGAAGACGCGCAGGCCUCGGUGAAGUCCGAAGGCAGUGCCAGCAUGCUGCGGGACGCCAAGCUGCUGGACGAGGCUCUGUGCAGAGUGCUGCUGACGAGAAUGUCGCGUGUGGAAGAGCGCGCGCUGGCGACGCGGGAUCUGCUGAAGUGCGAGAAUGUGACGCUGCAGUGUACGGAGUGCGGCGAGGAGUUCUCCCGCGAGCGCGAGUACAACGAGCACGCGCACUCGAGACAUCGCACGACUCGCGCGAGUGAAGGCUGCUCAGCUACCGACGUAUUGGCCGCGAGACUUGCGAGCACUGACGACGAAAGAGAGCACCCUGACAAUACCGAACAGGCUGAAGCAAUCGACAAAUGUGAACAAGUGUUUGGGAUUGAUAAUGACGAAGCAGACAAACCGAGCCAAAAAUACAAUGAGCCUACGCAGUGCAUAAAAUCACCAUUAAACAUUUGCAGUUUUUCUGAUUUGGUCAGUAAAAAUAACGAUACUGACUCUGGUGAGACAGAAAGCCAAGAUGAACUCCCUAUAUCAGAAACCAAUGAAUCAGUCACCUCACAUAUUAUUACUGUAGACAAAGUUUCUUUGAACAAUGACAAUGAUGUGGGAAAUAUAGUAACAAUGGAAACUACGGAACUUUCAUAUUCAGCAAAACAUGUAGAGGAAACAAGCAACUAUAUAUGUGACGUUUGCCAACAUAGGUUUAAAUGUAAAAAUCUCCUAGUGAAACACAUUAUGGCUCACAGUAUAGAAGAACCGUUUGUUUGUGAGUUAUGUCAGUACAAAUUUAGUCAGAACAGUGACUUAGUGCAGCACAUGAGAACUCACACUGGUGACAAACCCUUUGUUUGUAAUCUAUGCCAUUAUAAAUUUGCAAGGAAAAGUGAUUUAGUGAGACACAUGAGAACUCAUACUGGUGAAAAACCAUUUGUUUGUAAGCUAUGUCAUUAUAAAUUUGCACAGAAUAGUAAUUUAGUGCAGCACAUGAGAACACAUACUGGUGAAAAACCAUUUGUUUGUAAGCUAUGCCAUUAUAAAUUUGCACAGAAUAGUAAUUUAGUGAAGCACAUGAGAACACAUACUGGAGAUAAACCCUUUAGUUGUGAGUUGUGCCAGUACAAAUGUAGUACAAAAUCAGCUUUAGUGCAGCACAUGAGAAUUCAUACUGGUAAAAAAUCUUUUGUUUGUGAGUUGUGCCAGUAUAAAUGUAUGCAGAAUAGUACUUUAGUGCAACACAUGAGAACACAUACUGGUGAAAAACCAUUUGUUUGUAAGCUAUGUCAUUAUAAAUUUGCACAGAAUAGUAAUUUAGUGAAGCACAUGAGAACACAUACUGGAGAUAAACCCUUUAGUUGUGAGUUGUGCCAGUACAAAUGUAGUACAAAAUCAGCUUUAGUGCAGCACAUGAGAAUUCAUACUGGUAAUAAAUCUUUUGUUUGUGAGUUGUGCCAGUAUAAAUGUAUGCAGAAUAGUACUUUAGUGCAACACAUGAGAACACAUACUGGUGAAAAACCAUUUGUUUGUAAGCUAUGUCAUUAUAAAUUUGCACAGAAUAGUAAUUUAGUGAAGCACAUGAGAACACAUACUGGAGAUAAACCCUUUAGUUGUGAGUUGUGCCAGUACAAAUGUAGUACAAAAUCAGCUUUAGUGCAGCACAUGAGAAUUCAUACUGGUAAUAAAUCCUUUGUUUGUGAGUUGUGCCAGUAUAAAUGUGCACAGAAUAGUCAUUUAGUGCUGCACAUGAGAACACAUACUGGUGAAAAACCAUUUGUUUGUAAGCUAUGUCAUUAUAAAUUUGCACAGAAUAGUAAUUUAAUGCAGCACAUGAGAACACAUACUGGAGAUAAACCCUUUAGUUGUGAGUUGUGCCAGUACAAAUGUAGUACAAAAUCAGCUUUAGUGCAGCACAUGAGAAUUCAUACUGGUGAAAAACCGUUUGUUUGUGAGUUGUGCCAAUAUAAAUGUGUACGGAAUAGUCAUUUAGUGCUGCACAUGAGAACACAUACUGGGAAGAAACCAUAUGUUUGUAAGUUAUGCCAUCAUAAAUUUGCGCAGAAUAGUUCUUUAGUGCAGCACAUGAGAACUCACACUGGGGAGAAACCUUUUGCAUGUGAGUUCUGCUCAUAUAAAUGUGCUGCUAAAAGAACUUUAUUGAAACACAUGAGAAGUCACACUCAUAAUUCAUUCGCUCUUGUGCCCGCGAGACUUGCGACCCAUGACGACAACGACACGCGCCGUGACGAGACUGAACAGGAUGAAACUAUACACGAAUGUGAACAAGUGUUUGACAUCGACGAUACCGAAGCAGAAGCUGCUUGUGAGCUAUGUCACUAUACAUGUACAGAUAAUAGUGAUUUAGUGCAGCACAUGAGAACACAUACUGGGGAGAAACCCUUUGUUUGUAAGCUAUGCCAUUAUAAAUGUGCAAGGAAAAGUGAUUUAGUGAAACACAUGAGAACUCACACUGGUGAAAAACCCUUUGUUUGCAAAUUGUGCCACAGUACAUUUACGCUGAAAGGUAAUUUGAUGCAGCACAUGAGAAAACAUACAGGUGAGAAACCCUUUAGUUGCAAGUUGUGCCAAUAUAAAUGUAGUCGGAACUAUGAAUUACUGAGGCACAUGAGAACACAUUCUGGUGAAAAAGCCUUUGCUUGUAAGGUAUGCCACUGUAAGUUUAAGCGGAAUAGCAAUUUAGUGCAGCACAUGACAACACAUACCGGUGAGAAACCCUUUAGUUGUGAGUUGUGCCAAUAUAAAUUUAGUUGGAAAAGUAGUUUAGUGCAGCACAUGAGAACGCAUACUGGUGAAAAACCCUUCGCUUGUAAGUUAUGCCACAGUACAUUUACACAGAAAGGUCAUUUGGUGCAGCACAUGAAAACACAUACCGGUGAGAAACCCUUUAGUUGUGAUUGCAAGUUGUGCCAAUAUAAAUGUAGUCGGAACUAUGAAUUACUGAGGCACAUGAGAACACAUUCUGGUGAAAAAGCCUUUGCUUGUAAGUUAUGCCACUGUAAGUUAACGGAGAAAAGUAAUUUAGUGCGGCACAUGAGAACACAUUCUGGUUAAAAAGCCUUUACUUGUAAGGUAUGCCACUGUAAGUUUACGCGGAAUAGCAAUUUAGUGCAGCACAUGACAACACAUACUGGUGAGAAACCCAUUAGUUGUGAGUUGUGCCAAUAUAAAUUUAGUUGGAAAAGUAGUUUAGUGCAGCACAUGAGAACGCAUACUGGUGAAAAACGCUUCGCUUGUAAGUUAUGCCACUGUAAGUUUACGGAGAAAAGUAAUUUAGUGCAGCACAUGAGAACACAUACCUACCGGUCAGAAACCCUUUAGUUGUGGGUUGUGCCAAUACAGGGUG